AUGCUGCCCGGUCCACUCGCGCCCCUCGACGCACACAAAACGCGCGCGCUAACUACUAUAUACGCGCCGCGAAAAUUCAAAUCACGGAAAAACAAAACCGCACAGUCCAGGAUGCUGGAAAACGACAUCACAAUUAAACCAACUCUAUCUCCAUUCCAUCCACUCCCCGCUAUUGGACAGAAGAAGGAAAAGACUAAAGUUAUCGUUUUUGAUCUCAAAAAUGAUAAUAACACUCUCAAAUUGCAGGAUGUUUUGAAGCCACUCACGCCGCUAACUAUACACGGGUAUCGAAAGAAUACCCUGAACUGUAAAGAGAUGAAACCGAAUCAACUUGUAAGAGAAAAUACUUACGAUGUUAUAGAGCCAAUUUAUUUGACAUCAGCAAAAAUAAAAAGGGACAUACCGAAAAGAACAAACUCUUUGAACAAUGAUCCAAAAUUAUCACCAAAAAGUAGAUUUAAAAAUGCAGCAUUACAAGUGGCAAAGCUUACAACUAUGCCGGAAACUGGCAAGCUUUUGUGCCUUCGAGAGCGGGAAACGUUUACUAUAUGUUCAGAUGAAAACAACUCGUGUCGAUUGCAAAAGUUACCACAAAGUCCUGUGCAAAAAUUGAACAAACUUUCAGAGAUUUUCCAGAGUCUCGAGAUGAAAGGGCGACAUCGGGACAAGAUGAAAAAAGAGAAUAGUUGGUUU